AUGACGACGAUCAUCGAGGCUCUCUGUUGUGAUACGAUAAAUAGGCAAACUUGCAUGACUUUACUUUGUUUAAACAUGAAGCAAUUAUUUUCAAGUCUGCUUUUCGCGACUGCUGCAUGCGCAGCCAAGCUCUCUCAGGGCUUGACACAAGCACAAACAAAUGGACUUUCGACAUGGGGCACACUAGAUAACCCACAAUUCCCCGAUUUCCUCCCAUCGCAUGACGGAUCUACGGACAACCCAUGGGAGAACCUGAGCAAUAAACGUCGGGAUAACGAUCCAUAUCCCGAAGUGCCUUAUACGGGAGUAACGAGAUACUAUUAUUUUGAAGUUGCUCGAGAUAUCCUCUCACCUGAUGGCUAUGAGAAAAACGGAAUCUUUGUCAACGGACAGUUUCCUGGUCCUGCAAUUGAAGCAAAUUGGGGGGAUUGGGUGGAAGUAACAGUGCAUAAUAACAUCACGGGUCCCGAAGAGGGCACAGCGAUGCAUUGGCACGGUAUCUCCCAGAAAGGAACCCAAUGGGCUGAUGGCGUCCCUGGCGUAUCCCAAUGUCCCAUCGCCCCAGGUUCGUUCUUUACCUACCGAUUCCGCGCAAGCGAGUACGGAACCUCUUGGUGGCACUCUCACUAUUCCGCUCAAUGGACAGCCGGGGCAUUCGGGCCUCUCAUUGUCUACGGUCCAAAGCACAUUCCGUAUGAUGUUGACCUCGGACCCAUCAUGCUCGGCGACUACUACCACCGCGAUUACUUCGAAGUCGUAGAAGAUGCCGCCAGCAACAGUACCGACCUGAACGUAUACGCGCCUUGGUCUGACAACAACCUGAUCAACGGCAAGAACAACUACAACUGCUCCAUGUCCAAGACAAAUGCGACGUGCGUUGACGACGCGGGACUAGCGCAGUUCCGGUUCCAGCCUGGUAAGGUUCAUCGUCUGCGGUUGAUGAAUAUUGGUGCUGCGGCGCUCCUUCACUUCAGCAUUGACGGACAUAAAAUGCAAGUCAUUGCACAGGACUUUGUACCCGUUGUGCCGUAUGAAGCGGACGUUGUCACUUUGGGUGCUGCGCAGCGGACUGAUGUUCUGGUGAUGGGAGAUGCUGAUCCGAGAGAAACCUAUUGGAUCCGAUCUAACAUUUCGACCAAUUGCUCCAAUACAUACACUUCCAUGGCAUGGGCAGUUCUGUCCUACGAGGGAAAUGAUGAUAUCCAGGAACCGACAACUGACAGCACAGACGCUGUGAAAGAGGCUGACCGCAAGGACUUCUUAUGCAGAAAUGACGACCUGAACAAAACGGUCCCGUUCUUCCCCCAAGCCCUCAAAGAACCCGACAUCACAACCACAAUCCAAGUCGAUCUGUACACCAACGAAACAGGCCACCAUUUGUGGACUAUGAACAACCGAACACAGCGAACAGACUAUAACAACCCGCUGCUCCUUCUCGCUAACGAAGGCAAUUUCUCAAUCCCAGAUCCGGACUGGAACGUCUAUGACUUCGGAACUAGCAAGACCGUUCGCAUUGUGCUGAAUACUGUCUAUCAAUCGGCACAUCCUAUGCACCUUCAUGGGCACUCUUUUCAAGUGCUUGCCGAAGGAGACGGUCCCUGGGAUGGCACAAUCGUCAACCCACGUAAUCCAACCCGUCGGGAUACACACAUGCAACGCCGCUACGGACACCUGGUAAUUCAGUUCGAAGCUGAUAAUCCAGGUGUGUGGUCAUAUCAUUGCCACAUUGCGUGGCACGCCAGUAUGGGCUACAAUAUCAUGAUUCUAGAGCAGUCAAGGGACAUCGAGGAUGUGGAGAUCCCUGUUUAUAUGGAGCAGACAUGUAAGGAUUGGGAUCGGUGGUCAAAGUAUAACGUCGUUGAACAGAUUGAUUCGGGCAUUUAG